CGGAAAUCUGAACCUUUUACCAAACUACAUCCAAAGUUUGUGUUUUGCCUUCCUUGAUAUUGGAAGUAAAUUAUUCAAGAUCUUGAAUGUUCAGUACUCAUAUAUUGAUGCCAUUGGGAUAGAGUGCUUAUUUCCUUUUCUCUGGGAUGUGAGAACGAAGGGAUGUGGACUGCGUUGGUUUAAUGCUACGUUUCUUCGGCCAUGGCUUGCAGUCUGGAUUCUGGACAACUUAGUAUUUCCUAAUUAUGGCCUCACCUGUUCAGAUGAGGCCAUCGUUUGCACUUGAUGAGGGACUAGAAGGAUUUUCAUCUGAUGCAACAGCGUAUCCUCGUGUGCCCAAGUGCCUGUCGACAGUUCGUCAUGAGACGAAAGUCACAGAGCAGUAUGCCAAGGCAGUGCUGGACAUAAAGCAAUGCAUUUCACGCUAUGAAGCAAAUGCAUCUCGGCCCGGGGCUGUUAUCCUGCCUCAGGCAACGGAAAUGGCCAAAUCUUUCAUUGCCAUUGACAAGAUUCUGUUCAAGAAACUGCGCUCACCGGACAGCGAUGACUACAUUGAUGUAGUUUCUCUGCUGAAGGCCAUUGGCAGCUUGUUCAAUUAUUUACAAACGAUCAAGGUGGAAGCACAAGGAUGUGAUGAGUUGAUUGCAGUCGUUAUGCAGACCAUAGGGCUGGUAGGGGCAUUUGUACCCACCUCCUUCCGCCACUUGAUGCCCUUACAAGUAGCCAGUGGUCUGGCGUCACUGCCGCUGACUUCUCAUCGCCUCUGCCUGGACAACCUGUGCUUGAACACCCUGCCCCUAUGCUUGAUUCAUGCUCCUGCGCAGCGUGAAAAUUUCCAGGCGGAGGAGCCGGGUACCUGUUCCGCGGGCGUUCUCCGCUAUGUGCUGCAGUACUGCCCCAGCAAUUCAGCGCACGCCAGGGUACUGGAAACGCUCAUGGGUCUCAAGGAAGGUGUAUGCAUGGAUCUGCUAAAACUGAUUGCAUACAGCUCCACUCCUGUGCGGCAGAACGCGGCGCGGCUGCUGUUCCACUUCUUUCCGCAAGCGCAGCUCUCGACCUCCUACUAUACGAAGAUCAAGUCAUUGAACUGGACCCACCCCUCAUGCCAGCACCGCCAGUGUCGAUCCUCUGGCGACGCAAAGACAGCAGUCAAGAUGUGCAUGAAUGCCAUUUGUGCAUCAACAAGUGGCGGCCACUAUCCACCGCUGUAUCUCUGCGAGACCUGCUGCGCUAGAACACACAGUGAUGACAACAGGGACCAUUUCGUUGUAUCGCUGGUGCAACCAAGUGCGUCCAUUCCGCUUCUUUGUACGGCAGAUGAGUGCGUUGGUCAACAGGUGGCCGUAACAACUUGUUAUGACGACCGGUGCACGCAGGGCGGUCCUCCGAAGCGUUAUUGCUCCAUGUGUGAGAAGACGGUUCACUGGCUGUCCGCUGAAAAUCAUUUUCCUGUUCAAAAAACUGUCCCGCAUCUGUCACACUGCUCCGCCACCCAAAGUGGAUCCAUUCUCGUUGAGGCUGUUGUCAGUUUAUUGUGUGAAGUGAGCAGUGAGUCGUCUGCCCUGCGUAGCGGUAACCUUCAUAACACGCGCAGUCGUUUUCGGCGCACAGUAUCCUCGGGCACGACCGGCAUACUGCAGAAGACAGCGCAGCUGGAUCCGACCAAGGACACUCGCCUGCUCAGCCAGUUUGGCAUGGUGUUACUAACUAGCUACUGCACGGUUGAAGCCAGCAAUGAUCAAGAUCUAAUAGGUCGUCUUGCGGCUGCUGUUAUUUAUUGGGUUUAUUGUGUGGUGGACUUUGGAACUGGUAUCAUCUUCAACAAUUUGGACCCAUACAAGAUCAAGUAUGCCACACCGUGGCUCACUAGCUUCUACGAUGCUCAUUUCGACCUGCUCAUCAAGUGCCUUCUACCGGAGCCGCCUGCGUGCUGCCGCGUGGGCCGGUUAUGGAGUACCAUAACCAGCCCGGCUGAGCGGUACAAGGCAGGCUUGCAGGCCUUACACAACCUGCUGUUGAGUGGUAUAUUCAAUCACAAUGCCAUCUUCAAGAUCUGGAAUGCUGUCAUGCCGCAGUGGAUGAAAGCAAUUGCCACACACGUCGACCGGAAGGAGCUGCACAGUUUUGAACCUGUGGUGAAGAGACUCUUCUCCUUGACUCUGUUUCUGGAUGGAAAAACUUACGACAAGUUUGCGUUUCUCAAGAAGGGCUUGAGGUGUGGGACAACGUGGGAGCAAAUUGCCUACCUUCAGUUCUAUCAGGUGCUCCUGCAAGUGCACAUCCCUGUGUCGAAGAUUGAGUAUUGCUUCUACGAUGUACUGUCGUGGCACGUGCCGCCAUCGGUGUCAGGUAAUUCCAUUCGGGCCACUGAAGGGGAGAGCACAUGUGCAGCCAGCACACUGGCGGAUGACGGGCGACACUUGCUUGCCGCUCAUCCGUCGUGCGACACGCUAUCUCCCCUGCAGGACCGCCACUCGUCUGCCGCGCGCAAAGCCGCAUCCAGUGACGAGGCGGACUGCGUUUCGUUGAACUCCUUGCACGUGUCUUCGUGUACCGCACCCAAGCAAACUCUGAAGCAGCAAAACUCAUUGCAAUGCAGCCCGACACUGUUUGUUGGCGGUGAGUCUGACGAAAGGCCUGUGAAGCCCACACUGGAACCCACACCCUCGGUCAAGAACAAUGUCUCGGCUCAACGUUCCUUGCCACAAAAAUCUGAUGCGCUCUUCCACUGCGCUACAGCGCCGAGUAGCCCGCUUGGGUCCUUGCGGAUAAAGAAGCAGUUUACAGCAAGGCUCUCCAGUAUGAAAUCCGCGUCCGAACAUAACUGGGCACGGACUAGCGUGAAAGGCUUGCUGAACACGGCGCUCAACAUUGGAGUGGCCUCUGCAGCAGGCAAUUUAGUGACGCCGUUUCGCACUUGCGAGGACGCCACAUCUUUGAUUCAAAGCGAGUCUCAAGAGACCAUACCAAGUGUUCCCUUUCCCAUGGAUAUACCCGAUUCCUGUGCCAACCUUCUUCGAUCAGUGUUCAUGGUUGAUGCGCUCGUCCUGCUGAUGAGUGACAGCCGACUGAAAGAUCUAGCAGAUGCCAAGGUGGACAAUGUGAUGGUAAAUCAACUCCUGUCGCUGAUGCUUCAGUUUGACUGGGGUAACCAUGAUGAGAUCUAUCGGGAGACUUCAAAGUCUGAGCCUCACACAUUGUUGAACUGCACGCAUUGCAAACUGCAGGCAUGGUGGUUUGAUCUCACAAAGCGCUUGCUCCUCACCUUCUUCCCAAAGGCGCGCUCGCUUGUGUGGAAAGAGAGCGAUGGUGCUGAAAUCAUGGAAGCUGUUUGCAAAGGACUCAGGGGCAACCCGCGAAGUGAGCCAGCGUCACCUACAGCGAGUUUAAGUGAUGACGAAUCGCGGACCGGCAAGCAAAAGGAAGAGCAGAGCAGUAGCAGCAGCUUCACAGCAGCACUCCUGGUGUCACGGUUCGUGCACAUUGCCAAACGCAGCCGCGAUACUUCCACCAGUUCGCUGGCUCCUGGAUCUCAGUCGCCCAAGGAGAGCCUGCAACCGCAUGGGCGUUCGGCGAGCUUUGGAAAUGUACUGCACAACCGCAGGACCAGCGAUGGCUUGGUCAUCCCACUGAAUGUGGCCAAGGAACAGCCUGAACGCAGUAAACGAACAUACAGUGUAUCCUACAAAGCAAACAGUGAGAAAGAGAGGCCACGCACCUCUUCACAGAGUGCUUCCAGCAGAAGAAAAGUCUCAAACCAGCCAUCUGCGGAUUCUGUGACUAUCAACAGUGUGAAAGAAGCCACGACACCAGCACGCAAGUCCUCCAACGGUGAAGACAAUGCUGCCAGCUCUGUAGCGUCUGCUGUCUUGGGCGGCAAGACACCGAGAACCACUAAAGUCGGCGAUGAGGGGAAGACCGCGCGCAUCCAUCCUUGCGAAACGCCAACUAACGGCAAGAAGGCCUGGGACAUCCUGCGCAACUUGCGUGGCUCUCCCAGGCUUGUUAGUCAGCUGAGUGAAUCGUCUGAUGACACACCGGUACAGCCGACAACAGCUAUGGCUGCAGUGGCAGCGCUUGCUAAAAAGCGAGCUGGCCAGGGUAGUAACGCCCAGGCUGACACUGUAUCUGCCAGCAGCCGAGCCACUACACCAACAUCAUCGAUACAGGCAAGCCGUUCCAACCGCCAGCACAUUCACACAUCAUCUGGUGACGUGUCACAUCCAUUUGCAGUGGUGGAGUUAAUGAAGCCCAAUCGAAAUCUGCGUAAGUCCGUGUCAAUGACUCACCUUGCACAACAGACCCUCGCAGCACCUAAGGGUGGUGGUUUUGUUCGACCGUCCUCCAGUCUGAUUCUGCCCGGGAUGAUUGACUCGGUGCCGGCCAGCUCUUUCUCCAGCUCGCCACUUCUCUUGCAACUGUUCUUAUGCGUCGUUCAGAAAUUACUAGAGGUGAAGAAUGGCAAUGCAGGACCGCAUCACAGCAUCCUGGGCUGUCUUCGCAUCCUGCUGGAGAAUGCCAGCUGCCUUCAGCUGCUCAAGGUCUUGUCGGAGCCGCUACAGUUUCGGCUCAUCAACAGCACCCUGGUGCCAGCGCUGUGGGAGCUGAUGACGGUGGCUGACACAUCCAAUGCCAAUGCAAUCUACCCAGUGCUAAGUGCGUGCCUGGAGUCUCAAGCUGGCCCUCUGGCACUGGCCGCCGAGCUACGGCGCAACCUGGGCCACUGCAACUGGCAGAACCGCUUCACAGCAGUUGAUCAAGUGGUGACAUUACACUACAGCUCUACAGCCAGUCGCAACCUGCCCGAUGACAACCGGGCGCUGGUGAACGUGAUGGCCUUGAUGUUCACACUGCUCAUGGACAAACUGCAGGACCCGUCGCAUCACGUUGCCUUGCAGGCCAUGAUGUUUGUGGAGAACUUGCCCGUUGGCUCGCUCAAGAUGAUGGUGCAAGCGGCCGAGAAGCAUUUCUACAACAUGCCACAAGACCGGUUACUUAUCCUCCGAGCUAUCGAUCUGUUGCUGAGUUUCUUGCCAGGGUCGGGGGCUGUUAGCGAAACCGUCUUCUGCAGAAUGUUCCAGACCCUGCAGAGUGAGGUGAACCCAAGCGAGGAUAUAGUCACACCCAUCCUGCAGCUCUUCACCACUGGCAGCUUUUACGAGGAGAUGGACUACAGUGGUGGUGGCAUAGCUGACUUUGACAUGCUGGAUAGCUUUAGAUUCUCGCGCUGUAGCACAGGAAGUACUAGUAACCUCAGCGCCAAGCGAGGCUCGAUGGGCAACGACCAAAUGGCCGAUCUCAGAGGUGGCAGCAAGACUCGAUUUCGCUUAAGCGCUGCGUAUACUUACCUGGCUACAUACUCGCCGGUAGUGAUACACCCACGCUCGUCCAAAUGCUUCAACGCGUUCGUAACGCAGGUGUUUUCUGACGAUGACACCGAAGACAGCGGCGUCGGUGAUAAUAUAUCAACUAGGAGCUCCAUCAGCCGGACUAGCUUUGGGCACAAUGCACUGAAGAAGUCUCGCAUUGUCAUGAUCAACUCGGAAGACAAGCGUAUUGCGCCAAUCGUGGUGCUGCACAAGCUGAUGGCUGUGUUCAUGAAGUACCUUCUGUCCCACAAGCCUGCGUUUGCGUUCUCUGCCAAGCGUCCAAUGGAGAGAACGGACACAACGCGGCUGCUGGUGUCACUGUUGAAAGCACAGAUGGGCUGCAAAAUACGAUCGUCCAUUACUGUCUUCACACGUCCACCAGAUGCAAUCCGAGCCCAGCCUGUCUUCAAUGUCUUCCUCUUCAACAUUGCAAAGGUCCUGGACUCCAAUAUGGACUGGGGCAAUCACCUGCUCCAGUUCACGUUGUCCGUGCUCCGUUUCAGCACUGCUCCGAAUCUUGAAGAGGGCUUGUCGUUUUCCGGCCCGCACUAUGGCCUGGAGAACUUGGAUGUUGCGUCGCAGCUUGCUUGGCUGCACGCGGCAGUUGUUAUCCUCUACAAGUACCAAUAUCGAGCGACAGACGUACACGACUUGGUCAAGAUCAUCUUACUAACGCUGAACUACCGGCCGCACACCAAGUGCCAGCCGGCACGCCGACCUAGCGUCGCGUCGUCUGUCUUCUCUUCAGCACCUAUUUCUUCCGCUUCCUCCACCAACACUGGCCCCAGCAGCAUGACCAUUGCCAACAUUAAACUACCUAAUACAUGUAGCAACGCUACAUCCGAUGGCGCAGGCGCCUCGCUGGUGCUUACUGCUGGUGACGCAGACCUGCUCUCUGCUAUCGGGGAGGUUGAAGGCGAAGGCGGUGAUUGUGAGCUGGACAUGGUGAGGAAUGGUGCCAGUGAUGGUGGUUUUCCACCUGUUGUCAUGUCACUGCGUUCUCAGACGAGCACGUCUGACGAAGCGCUAGCCACUUGUGAGCGCAAGCCCUCAUUGGCCACCUCCAUCUCCAGCUUUUCGGAGAACGUAACAUCGGUGCCAGACACUUUAGCGUUUGGUAUGUCCACACUCACACCAAGCCAAUCACAUGAGCGGCCAAAUUCAGUUAACCUGGACAAUGUGUCCUGUGGAAGAGGUACACCUGCUGCCGCCUGUUCCCUGGCACCAGGAUCGCCACAGCUAGCGCCCAAUAUGGACACUGAUCCUCUGCGACCAGGGGCUGGCUUUGCCGAGAUUCCGUUCCCGAAUGGUCAGCGAAUGAGCAGCAGCAAUGCUUACAGCAAUUCCACCCUGCUCGGGCCAAGCAUGGCGGUGGGCACCAUCGUGUCUCGCCUGAGAAACCUCAGUGGGCAUGUGGAGCAGAGUCGGGGUGAACAGGCCACCGGCACUCAGCACCCAAAUCAAGGAAACUACCGGGAACCUGACAUGGCGGCCUUCGUGGAUACACCGAUUCUCAAUCGUCUUCCGCCGCCGAAUGACAACGUCUUCCGUUGUCCAAACUGCAGCCAGAUUAUACCGGAGUUCUCCGACCAGAUCUUAGCGCUGGCUGUGGUCGCCCUGGAACCACUGGUGCAACGCUAUCCGAAGAUGGCCGCGCCAAUGCUAAUGGAGAUGCUGCACUCUGUCAGCAGGCUGGCGCUGAUGUCCACAGACAGCGGGUCAAUGGGCACCCUUCUGCCGUCGUCGCAAGCCGUUGCUCGGCAGUUCAUCCGGGCAGUCCUGUUCCAGUUUGUCAACAACCAGUUGUUCCUGCAAGUCUUCAAGUCUGAUUUGAAACAUUCCACAUUGCUGAAAGCUAUUGUUGUGUCUCUGCCGGAGCCAAGCCAAGUUCCGUCAACAUACAAAGGCCUGACACUCUUAUCGCCCAUUUCAAAUCUGCUCAUGGAUAUAUCACGGCAAGUGAACGGUUUAGCUAUGAUGACUAUCAUCAGCAAUCUUGCAGACUACAUGCAGUCUUUGCCCAAUAUCUCGCCGAAGCACUACACCAGCUUACUGCCGCUGUUCACUAGCUUCUUCAGGCGCCUUCCUGCCAUCUUUGACUCUGUCAGCAUGUUCAAGCGAAAAUUCAUCGUGCCGCUACGCAUCAUGGCGAUGCUGCUACGCAACGUUGAUCAGCAGUUCCGGACGUUACUGCCAGGUUUCAGUAACAUGUUGGCGUACCUGUUGCGCCAGCCACAUCAGAUGAUUCCACUCGGCGCGCUGCUUACAGUGUGUUUCAGAGCCUUUCUGAACUUUUCCCACUCUAAGGACAAGGAGAGACUGCCUCGCUCUGUAGCGGCAGAGCUUGUUCUUGCCUGGCGGGGGAAAACCCUUCCGCACAGAAGCACUUUUCUCAACCUGAUUAAGUUUGUCGCUAUUGACAGCGGUGCUAACAUCGGUGGGAUUAUCGGCUUUGAUGGAAAGGAGCUGCAGCCAAACAAUCUUCCGCGGAAUCUACGUGUUCGCCAGCACAUUGUGCAAUCGCUCGACACAGCUGUCAACUUCCUGCAGUCGACAUACGCCUCAACCACCCUGUACCAGGAUUUGGAAACGUCUGCCAAGAUCAAGGUUGCCACGGCCCAGCUUGUGGGGCUAGAAGUUACCGGAUAUCAGAACCGAGCGCAGAUGGAGCGCUUGCUGCCCUGGCUCCACAGUCCCAGUGGUUCUUUUGGUCAGUUGACCGAACUGCAGGUCAUUCAGAGGUUCCGCUUGUUCUCCUGGCUCUUUGUGGCAGCCAUGGCCUCGGACAACAGCGACGAUAACAGCCUGUGUCAGCCGUUCCUCGACGAUUGGACCAACGUAUCCGUGUGCCUGGCCACCUUGUGCACCGAGUUCCUACGCUCCUUUCAGGAAAAGUUACUUGUAGGAAAGGAUCGGCGCGUACAGAUUCUGCCUAUGAUGUUCAUGACGUGUAUGCUCUGGACUAUCUACCUUGAACAGCAGUGCAUCGCAGAUCAGGCUGUGAAUGACUUCUGGUCGCAGGUCAUGGGCGAAGUUAUUCAGCUGCUCAACUUCAAGUCCAGGGCAUAUGAGUCGGUGAUCACAACACCGUUCUUGGAAAUGAUCGAAGGCUUUGCAAGCGCCGAGUCCUCGUCGCUACGAAAGAUCUGGCCAAUCUGGUUGCCCCUGCUGCGUUGCUCCAGUACUAAGUUCAUCCAGCCACAGCACCUGGUCACGAUCAACAAGCUACGUGCGCCCAUGCCCGACUCGCGCAUUUCCGUGCCUCGCCGGCAGGUGCUCCUGCGCUGGCUACAAGGCGUCCAGGUCAAACUCACCGGUCACGAGCAGGCUUGGGAGAAGAACCUUUUCAAUCAGCUGCGCUCACGAACAACAGCAGCGGCGGCAGCAAGACGUUGAUGGGUACCACCUGAAGACUGUACUGAUAUUAUCGUCAGCGCACAUUUACACACUGCUUGCAUGUAUUAGUUCAAUAGAUAGCUCCUCCGUUGUGUAGCCUGUGGCCAUUUCGCUCAGCGCACUGUAGGUUUUAGAUGCUCCAUUUUACGAAAACAAAAAAAAUGCAUACUUGACUAGUGAAAUGGAGAAUUUUUUAUACUUCCUGUUCCGGUUGCUGGCGGCUGGAAUGAGUGGAGUCGGUCCUUUUCGUUGACUUCCCUAGCACAACUAAUUAAUAUUCAGCUCUUUUGCUGGAGUCUUUGCCACCGAUGCUCAUCACUAAUAGCAUGAUGAUGGUCUGUGGCAGGCUGCGUAUCCUACUACAAUGUAUCUGCUGCCGAAUGGACAUAUAACAGCUGCUUCAAGGCAACCACCACACCCCGUUCUAUGCGCUAGUAUUUUAUUUGCCAGCACGCGUGCAUGCAUGCAUUCAUCCAUAUAAUUAUGUACCAUCUUACCACCACUACCGCCAGUGCACUGCCAUGCUAUUGCAGUUAAGUUUAAAUCCACAUUUUCUCUGUGCAGAUCAUGGCAAAGUGCUGGUACAUUUCUGCCUUUAUUUAUUCCAGUAACAUGGUAUACAUGCCUGCUGAUUCAUUUCCGUUUGCUUUUACUUCUGCUCCGUUGUCUUUUGCUGUUUUGCUUCCGUCCGCUCGUCCAUCUGUUUGGAGUGUUCAUUUUCUCGUUGGUUUGUCCGUUUCUUCAUCAUUCGAAUGUAAGCUCUUCUUUUAUCC